ACCAUAGUUACUCUGAAUAAGACGGGCAUCCCCCACAGAUGGUGCAGGAGAGUGGCGAUGUGGAUCCUCCGGGUGAAGGAGAGAUGGGUCUGGACAACACCUUCCCCAUCAACACCAAGCUACAUCGAUGUCCUCACUGCCCCUACACCACCAACCAAGAAACCCACCUUCUAGAACACUGCCUCACUCAUAGCUGGGAGAAUACAUUUUCUUGCCCACAAUGUCCAUACAUGGCUGUUGAAUAUAGCCAGUUGAAGAGACAUAUCCGCUCACACACUGGAGAGAAGUCGUUCUCAUGUCCUCAUUGCCCAUAUGACACUAUUGAUGGUAGUAAUCUGAAAAGGCAUAUUCGUACUCACACUGGUGAGAAGCCUUACUCUUGUCCACAUUGUCCUUAUCAGUCUGCCAUGAAAGGGAAUCUAAAUAGGCAUCUUCGUGGUCACUUAGAAAAGGUUAAUUUGACUUCAGUGGGGCUGAAUAGUGAGGCUGAGCAGUACAGCGGAGGAGGAGGAACAGCUGCGGGCCGCGGGAGGAACACAGCCGUUAGCAGGAAGCUGCAUCAGUGCCCUGUCUGCCCCUACACCACCACUAAUCGCUCCCAUUGGAUUGUUCAUUACCGAACUCACACGGGGGAAAAGCCAUAUUCCUGUCCAUAUUGUCCUUACGAGGCUGUUGCUAACAGCGACCUUAAGAGACACAUUCGUGCACAACAUCCCCCACAGAUGAUGCCGGGGAGUGACGGUGGUCAUACCGGGUGGACUAACGUCGCGGGGCUGGAAAGGAAUCCGGUGCUUGAAAGGAAUCCAGGGCUGGAAGGCAUUCCCACAGCUCCUGUCAAGACCCAUCAGUGCCCCUACUGUCGCUACAAAACACCCAUCACAUCAAAUCUUAAGAAGCAUGCCCGUAUUCACACGGGAGAGAAACCAUAUGCAUGUCCUCACUGUCCAUUUCGAGCAACCCAAAGAGAAAACCUUAAGAAACACGUCCGUACUCAUACCGGGGAGAAACCUUACCCGUGUCCUCAGUGUGCUUACCGCUGCUCCAGGAAAAGCACUCUAAUGAGCCAUAUUAUGUCUCAACACAAUUAAGGUGCUGAUGAACCGUUCAGAAGCAAGACGUGGCGAGGAAGCAUCAUCAGUAGACCUGUGGAGCAAACUGUCCAGCAGUGUGUUUUCCAGUGUGGGUGCUGCUGGCAGUGGUGCUAUCAAGAGUCAUCAGUGUCUUUA